GUCGCUUCGGCGAGGUUUCGUGACGAAGGUCGCCUUGAUCUGCUUAGGAAGUUGCCUAGGAGUGGCGUUAGACCUCCUAAGCUUGCUCUUUUGAAGGUGGAACUCGUAGUCGGUCUAUUAAUUUUCCAGCUUAAGGCCAGGCUAUUGUAUGGGCUCCAAUUGCUGAAAAAGGGGUGUAUUAAGCAAUGUAGGAGGUCACGUGACUCGCACACUCGUGGUCAACAUCGGCAAAAAUUGAGUCAACACCGGAAAGUAACAUUUGAUUGUCUUUGAUAAAAAAAAUUUAUAAUGUGGUCUUAAAUUGCAAAAAAAAAUUUAAAAGGUUGUUUUAAAUAAAGUGGACACUUUAAAAGGUUGUUUUUGACAAAUUUUCCUUGUUUAUAUUACUUUGACAAGGACUCCUAACUUCAAAGUUGUUAAGGGCGUUUGGUUUGUCAAGGGGAAAGGGAAACACAUUAAAAAAGGGAAAGUAGGGGAAAGGAAAGCAACUCUCAUUUAUCUUAAGGUGUUUGUUUUUUGAAAUAAGGAAAGGGUAUCUGGACUACCCAUCCAUCAACAACCAACAAUCCACCACUAUUGACCAUCACCACCACCAUUGUCAUUCCCCUACCUUGAGUGUUGCCGCCACUCACUACCAUCGACACCCUUCCCCCUUUAUUGAUGGCCAACAACCCUCCCUUCUAUCGCUGCCAACACAUGCUUUGUCUCUCUUGUUUCUCUUAGAUCUUCUUUUUUUUUUUUUUUUUUUUUUUUUGUGGUUUUUUCUUGAUGUUUGGGGCUAGUUUUAGAGUAAGUGGAGCACAUUUCAUAUGGUUAGAAUUGUUUUGUUGUUAUUAGAGCGGAUUUUGGCCAGGUUAGGGUUUUUUAGGUAGUUUGGGUGAAUUUGGGAGGGUUGGGUGGUGAUGGAAGCAUGGAAAAAAAUCGCGGUCGUGUUCUAGAAACAGACGCGUUGUCGCGGAAGCAGCUUGUAACGGUCAAAUUAGAACGGAUCGCGGAUUUCGCAACGUAUUUUUUUUCAAAAACUUCACAUAAGUCAUUUUUUGAGCUUUAAAAUUCAUUUUUAUUUAUUUAUACAAUAUUAUUGCUAAAACUACUUUAAAUAAAGACCCCAAUAUAUGAGAUAUGACAUUUAUAAAUUAUUUAAACAUUAUAUGAGCUUUAUUUUUUGUUACACUCGAAUAAAAUAAGAGCUACAGUGAGCAUAGUAUAGUGUAUGGUACUCUAAAGUCCAAACAGAAAGAAAAAACUAACCCUUCAAACCACAAAUAUAACUUAAAAAUAAAAGAAAAAGAAAGAAAGAAUUGAGAUGAGGCCAAGUGAUUAGAAUUAAGUAAAAAGGUAGAAAAGAGAAAACAAGCAAGGAAGCCAGCUGCAUCAGAGAUCAGGGAGAAAAUAGGACCUGCGAAUAGUCAUCGUCCUGGAGUGCAAACUGCUUUCACCUCGCCUCAUUCCCACGACUUAAAGCCCCAAUAUCUUUCUUCCUUUUAUGGCUAGUUUAGUUGUUAAUCAAUAGAUAUAGGGUUUUAUUUUCGAACCUUAGAUCUGGAAAUUGGGCUGAAUAUGGAUCGAUUUUCUACAUUAAACGGCCGCUACAAUUAUAGAACAGUUAUAUAAUGCUGUUCUACCGUUACGUAACGACUGUCGCGGUGAGUUUGGUGUGAUUUUCAAUGCGCCGUUAUAUAACGGCCUUUUGCGGAACGGUAAAUCCCAAACCCGUAACAAAGCGGCCGUUAUAGAACGGAACGACCGCUUUUUAAUUUCAUGGGUGGAAGGGUUGUUUUGUACUUUUAUGGUGGGUUGGGUACGAUUUUGAUACGGGAGGGUGGUUCAGUGGGUAAGGUAGAUUUUUGGUGGUAUUUGGUGAUUUUGGAGGUGCUUUCGUGGUGGAUUGAAGGUUUUCGAGGGUGGUGGGUUAAUUAUGGUGGGUGAAUUGGGGUGGUUUUGCAAAUGAUGGAGCGAUUUCGGUGGUUGGUCCGGCGAUAUUGGCGGUUGGUCAGGUGAUUCUGGUGGUUGGUUUGGCAAUGCCGGCGGUGUUUAAGGAAGUUUCAGGACUGUUAGAAUGAUUCCAGCAAUAGGUGGUGGUGGUGUGGUGUUUCUUAGAUGGUCGAAUUGGUUGUUAAUUUGGUUGGUUCAAGAAGAGUUUGGGGGUUAGGAUGAUUCCUUUGUUUGGGGGGGGGGGUUGUGGGAAUCAUGGUAAAAGAAAGUAGGGGAAUAAAAGGGGUAAAGGGAAUCAUUGAGUUGGUCUAACAAACAAUAACAAAGGAAAUUAUGGCAGUUGAUUGCCUUUCCCUUUGUUGAAUACCCUUAAACAAACAGCCCCUUCGUACUUUGAGAAUACAGUAACCAAAAAUACAAUUAUUAGAGUCUGCAAGUAUACAAAUAGCCUGUAAUUGCUAACUUGUCAAAUUAUUGGCUGUGAGUCUAUGACAAUUUAUUUCAUUUAAUCAGCCAAUAGUUCUCUAUUGGUUGGAAAACCUUAAUUGGGUUCAUCAAUGACACAUUUAUGAUGCUGCAGUUUGAAUCUUCCUAUUUCUCCUAAGCCGUUCUCGAUGUGUAGGCUAUGUUUACUCGGACUCUUCAUUUCAUCUGAAGUAUUUUUGUCAAAUCCUUGACACUCUAGCAUGGAUUUUAGGCAACUUGAAGAAAAAUUCUGAGUCAUUAAUGCUAUUCACUGUGAUGAAGAAUUUACGACACAUUGGCUACACACUGAAGUUAUAUGCUCUGAAGGAUGGUGAAGCACGAACAAUGUGGGAAGAAAUAGGAGGUCAAAUGACAAUUCUAAAUCUUGAAAGAUAUGACCAUUUUGAUUGGUCCCUUUUUGAAGGUGUCAUUGCAGACUCUCUCGAGGCAAAAGAAAUAAUAUCAAGCCUCAUGCAGGAGCCAUUUUGUUCUGUGCCACUUAUAUGGAUUAUUCAAGAGGACAAGCUUGCAAAGCGCCUUCUACAUUACGACAAAAUGGGUUGGGACCAUCUUAUUUCCCAUUGGAGACAUGUACUUGGCAGAGCUGAUGUUGUUGUCUUCCAUGAUUUUUCCUUGCCGUUAUUAUAUAGUGCCCUUGACGGUGGAAACUUCUUUGUGAUUCCUGGAUCACCAAAAGAUGUGUGGGCUGCUGAAAGCUACCUUAAAACCCACUCCAGAAAUGAUUUGCGGAAGAAAAAUGAUUAUGAUGUAGAUGAUGUGCUGGUUGUGGUUCUUGGAAGUUCCUUUUUCUACAAUGAACUAUCUUGGGAUUAUGCUGUUGCAAUGCAUACUAUUGGACCCCUUCUUGCUAAGUAUGCCAAGGGGAAGGAUUCUGCUGGAUCCUUUAAAUUUAUUUUUUUAUGUGGAAACACGAGUAAUGGAUCUAAUGAUGCUUUAGAGGGUGUUGCUGCUCACCUACAACUUAGUCCAGGUUCCUUGAGGCACUAUAGCCUGGACCAUGAUGUGAAUGGAGCUUUAUUGAUGGCUGACAUAGUUCUAUAUGGAUCAUCACAAGAAGAAGAAGCCUUCCCAUCGUUACUAAUUAGAUCAAUGUCUUUUGGGAUUCCUGUAGUUGUACCUGAUCUUCCAGUCAUAAGCAAAUACGUUGUUGAUGGUGUCCAUGGAAUGAUUUUCUCUAAACACAAACCAGAUGAUUUGCUGAGAAUCUUCUCGCAUUUAAUAUCAAGUGAAGGGAAACUCUCUGAAUUUGCUGGUGCAGUUGCCUCUUCCGGGAAGCUUCUUGCUAGGAAUUUACUAGCUUUUGAAUCCAUAAUCGGCUAUGCAAAGCUUAUGGAGGAUGUGCUUCAUUUUCCUUCAGAUUCAUUGCUUCCUUCUCCGAUAUCUCAGAUUCGACAGGAUUCAUGGGAAUGGAAUUCCUUUAGUGAAGUGAUGGAGCAGACAGUUGGCAACAUGAUAAGUAAUGACGAGGAAGGCAAUAUAGUAGAAGGGUCUAGCAUUGUUCAAAAGCUUGAGGAAGAUUUUAAUAGUUUUGCGAACUUGAAAAAUAUAUCGGUGGAGAACAGUGAUGUCAUAGAAAGGGAUCUUGUGAGCAAUGAAGAUUUGGAUGGUGUUGAACAAAUUGCAAGCUUUGAAGAGUACGAGAGGCGAGAAAUGGAUCAGAUUGACGAAAGAAUGGAGAAUUACCCUGGUAUUUGGGAUGAGAUAUACCGAAAUGCUCGUAAAUCUGAGAAACUCAGGUUUGAAGCAAAUGAAAGGGAUGAUGGAGAGCUACAAAGAACAGGUCGUCUAAUGUGCAUUUAUGAAGUUUAUAACGGUGCUGGGGCUUGGCCACUUUUGCAUCAUGGUUCCCUGUAUCGUGGUUUAAGUCUUUCUAGAAGAACACGGAGGUUAAGCUCAGAUGAUGUGGAUGCAGCUUAUAGGCUUCCCAUCUUAAACGACCCCCACUAUCGGGAUCUUCUCUGUGAAUUGGGGGGUAUGUUUUCUAUUGCACAUAAAGUGGAUGAUAUUCACAAGAGACCGUGGGUUGGGUUUCAGUCAUGGAAAGCUUCGGGUAGAGAGGUUUCACUGUCAUUAAAAGCUGAAAAGGUUCUUGAAGAUACAAUACAGCAUCAAACCAAAGGAGAAGCUAUAUACUUCUGGACAAGAUUGGACAUGGAUCUUUCAGAAAGCAAUAGCUUGACUACCUUUUGGUCAGUAUGUGAUGUCUUAAAUGGAGGAUACUGCAGAACAGCAUUUGAAAAUGCUUUUCGGCAUAUGUAUGGCUUGCCUUCAAAUGUUGAUGCCCUUCCCCCAAUGCCUGAGGAUUCUGACCACUGGUCUGCCUUGCACAGCUGGGUCAUGCCAACUCCUUCGUUUCUGGAAUUUAUGAUGUUUACCAGGAUGUUUGUUGAUUCUCUUGAUGCCAUACAUAGUGACAGUAGUAAAAUAACUCAAUGUCCACUGGGAGUUUCAGAAGUUGAGAAAAAGCAGUGUUACUGCCGGAUUUUGGAGCUUCUAGUCAAUGUCUGGGCUUAUCAUAGUGCACGGAGGAUGGUAUAUGUCGAUCCACAUACAGGUCUGCUUGAAGAGCAGCACCCAGUAGACCAACGGAAGGGAUUCAUGUGGGUCAAAUACUUCAAUUUUACACUAUUGAAAAUCAUGGACGAAGACCUUGCAGAAGCUGCGGAUGAUGGUGACGUGCAACGCGAAGCCUGGUUGUGGCCACUGACAGGGGAGGUGCAUUGGCAAGGUAUAUAUGAAAGAGAAAGGGAGCAAAGAUACAGGAUAAAAAUGGAUAAGAAACGGAAAAUUAAGGAGAAACUUUUUGAGAGGAUGAAGUAUGGAUAUAGACAGAAAUCUCUUGGAGGAUGAGAAAUCUCUAGUGCUCAACCAAAAUUUGUUAUCGGAAGGCACAGAUCCCCCCCAAAAUACCUGACCUUUUUUACUUCGUUGGGAAAAGGAUAAAGCCAACCUAUGCCAGCGACAUUCUUUGCUAACCACCUUAACAGAUCACUCAUUACUGUGCAUAUAUACAUAUUCAUUUUAUCGGGGGUGAAAUACCUACAAAGUGUGGAGUGGAACAGAUGACUCGUUGUCAGGAGCUUCUUGAUAUCAGAUUACUGACUUUCAAACAGCGGCAGAUGCAUGAUGAUUAGGUUGAGAGAAGCAAUGUCAUUUGUUAAUUAUUUUUGCUUACUAAUUGGUGCUGAUGAACAUGUAUAGUCUACUGCGGUUGUAUAUUUGACAGUGGCAUGAGAUGCAAAUUUUGUUCCGAUUUGUUGCCUUAUCUCUCCUAGUAUAGCACUAUAGCUAUUUGAUUCUAUA